AUGAUGGUAUACAAAGAAACAGAUCGUUUUCCGGAAGGCAAGAAUAAGCUUUCCGGGACUGAACAAAGUAGUAAAGAAACCCAUUGCUCAUCGCCUUCGUGUAGUAUCAGAAGUGAAGAGCUAACUGAAGUGAGUGGUGGUAGCUCAGCAACAGGAAGUUUUCGCAAUAACCGGCAGUUAAUGCAUUCUACAAAAAAGAAAGAAAAACAUUCGAAAGACCGGGAAGUGUCAUCGAAAAAGCGUAGAAAAUCGGUGUCACCGUCAUUUCAGCAUAAUCGAAGGUCAAGGUCGAGGUCUAUUUCUCGCAGUCGGAAAAGAAGGCGAUCUCCUUCACCAUCAACAAAUGGUAAAAUUAGAGAACAUGAACGUCGAUCAGAUCAUAGAAAAAGCGAUGUACGUCGAGACUCGACACAAACAAACAGACGGAGUAAUCAGAGCAGACGUCGUCGUACUCCACAAAGGUCGUCGAGACGUUCUGAUAGGCGAGAAGGACGUCGUAAACGGAGUAGAAGUCGUUCGAGCGCAUCAAGUUCCAGUUCUUCUGAUACUACAUCAUCAAGCAUGAACGAAAUGCGUAUGAAGUCAUCACUUCUCGGUGAAAUUAUGACAAGGCAUCAUGAUAAAAGAAUCGAUAGGACUGCAAAGGAAUGGAAAGAAAAACGCCACAGGCGUAGUCCAGCAGCAAAGAAACGUCCAUCACGAAGGCGUAUUCCAUCGUCUGAUUCGUCGACAUCAUCUUCGGGUCGCAGCCCUCCACCUGUAAAUUUUAAUGUUCCACCACCAGCGGCAUCUUUUAUCCCAGCUGUGCCAACUUUUAUACCUCCACCACCAGCUCCAAUUGGUAUGGAUCCAAAUGCAUAUCAAGUGGCAAUGGCAGCUU